GAUGGGACGCAACAGGCAGCGUCAGGAUGCUCCCCUCUGUCCUCCUUCCAAGCUUAUCCCUACGCGAGGACGAGGGGGAGAAGCAGGGACUGACGUGGGUGCUCUGUUCAGCUCAGCGCUUCAGCUUAAGAACCAACAUGCAAGUUUAGCAAAAGGAACCCGUGAGCGACAGCUCCAGAACUGUCACUGCAGCUUCAAGGGGAGAGCAGCCUCGCUCCUCCUCAACAACUCUGCGUGGGGACACAAAGGAAUGCUUCCACCUCUGCAGAAAGGGAGGAAGGAAGACCUGGGGAACCAGUGGCCGGUGAGCCUCAGCUCUGCACCUGGGAAGAUGGCGGAGCAGAUCCUCCUUGAAGCUGCGUCACGGCACGUGAGGGACCGAGCGGUGACCCAAGAGCCAGCGCAGCUGCGCUGAGGGCAGAGCGGAGCAACCUGGUGGCUUCUGAUGAUGGAGGAUGGGGGAAGGUGGAUGUCAUCGACCUGCACUUCUGCAGAGCCUUUGGCAUGGUUCCUCACCACGUCCUGCUCUCUUACCUGGAGAGGCAUGGAUUUGAAGGAUGAGUGGGGGAAGGGAAGAGGCUGGGGGAGAAGGAAGGGCACAACCCCCCAGGACGCUUCACCUCACGGCUCUGGAGCUGUGAGCUGCGGGGUGAGCAGUGCUGAGCAAGACUCGCUUUGCCUUUGCCUCCAGGAACUCACCGCUUUGGCUGGAGAAGAGGCAGGAGCUGAAUGUGAAAAGCACUCAGCUGUCGGCCACCAAGGACCUGAUUCUGCAGUCCAUGUUUGAUGUCCUCCGGGAGAACGGGAUCCAUGGAGUGAAGAGAAAGGAAAUUCUGCAGCUGACACAGCGCGCCAUUGAGAAGAGCGUGGAGAACGGCACCUGGAUGCCCAACUGGGCUCUGGAAACCAUGGGUGCCACUGUGGAUUUGGAGAGGACAUCCAAGAGUUAUGAUGGCUGGAAGAACCACUGGCUUUCUCCCUCCCGAAACGCUGCUGCAGUCACGGCAGGGGAAACGGUGCCUGUGGGUUCCCUGCCUCGCCUUCUGGCUGCAGCAAUUCCCUUGGCCCAGCUGCGCUGCUCAGCCCACACUUCCCCACAUCACUGACACCAGCUCGGGAGGGCGAUGGGCUGACAGAUGCCGGAGGGCUGCGCUGCCGGCUCUGGGCAAGCACAGAAGGCGACUGACUGCAGAGCCGUCGUCCAGACCUUUGCAUGUCCCCUCCUGUCCCUUGACUGCUGUUCCAUUACGAGGAGAGCGGCAGCCACAGAGAAGGCGAGCUCUGUGCUCCUUGCCAACAGCCAGCCCUGGGGCUGUGCCUCGCCGCUCACAGACCGCUCCUCGUUUCAGCCCCAUAUUUCUCCUGGAAACUGCUGGGCUUUCCGAGGAUCCCGGGGCCACGCGCUUAUCUGGCUGCCGAAGAAAAUCCAGCCCACAGCUCUCACCGUGUGGCACGUCUCCAAGGCGGUCUCUCCCUCCGGGGAAGUCAGUAGCGCUCCCAAAGAGUUUGCUGUCUUGGGAGUGGAUGAGGCCGACGGUGAAACUCUCCUGGGGCUUUUUGUUUAUGACUUGGACGGAGAGAUCGCCCAGACCUUCCACGUGCAGCAGGAGGAGCCCCGCAAAGCCUUCAGCCGUGUCAAGCUGGAGGUGUGGAGCAACUGGGGAAACACGGAGCACACCUGCGUGUACAGGGUGGAAAUCCACGGCGAUCCGUAACAGGCAGCGGAGAUCAUUAGAUGGCAGUAAUUAAAGUAAAACGUUGAUGAUUUUCUGCC